CUCGCGCCGUGCCCUCACAACGAUCUCAACUGGAGCGUAAUUGCGCAUCGAACUGAUUGAAAUUGGAUUACAAAAACAUAAUAAGCAUAUCGCGAUGUGGGCCGACCGAUUGGUAGUGCUGCUCUCUUUGUUAUCACUGCUGCCCGCUGGCUGGACGCAGCGCAGCUGCUCCGAUCUGGAGAUAUGCACCUCCAAAAAGCUCUGCCUCCAGACGGAUGACUCUGGCCGGGGCCUGCUCGGUACUCGCAUUCUGUACCGCAGCUGUGGCCGUGAAUUGGUUUGCUGCGAGAAGGAGCAGCUGGAGAACUUUUACGCCGAGGAGGCUGAGGUCGAGUACCGCAGCCAGCGAAAGGGAUAUCCAUGGGUGGGGACAACGGCAGCCACGUCAACCAAACCAGAAACAACGACAACAGAGCUGGAGGACUACAAGAGCUGUGGCGAGCAACGGCUGUGCGUGCCCCGGCACUUGUGCACCACUGGGUCCGUGAACAUGGACGGCCGCUACGUGAUCACGGCGCGCAUCAACGAGGCGAGCAACUUCGGCUGUCGUUCGGUGGAGAUAUGCUGCCCCGAGAACGAGCAGAUAGAGGAGGGCCAGAGUCGCAUGCAGCAAAACCUGAAGGACUUCGAGUACAGGGGCUGCGGGUACAGCAAUUCCAAGGGUCUGUACUACCAGCUGGAUGGCUACAACGACGGCGAGUCCACCUUUGCCGAGUUCCCCUGGAUGGUGGCUCUGAUGGACAUGGAGGGCAACUAUAUCUGCGGCGGCUCUCUGAUCCAUCCCCAGAUGGUUCUGACCAGCGCCCAUAAUGUGGCCAACUACAGCGAGGACUCGUUGCUGGCCCGCGCUGGCGACUGGGACCUGAACAGCCAGCGGGAGCCACAUCCCUACCAGAUGCGUCGCAUUAGACAGCUGUACCGCCACGAGGCGUUCAACAAGCUGACCCACAGCCAUGACAUGGCUCUGAUGGUCCUGGAGCGGCCGUUCCAGCUGGCUCCCCACAUCCAGCCCAUCUGCCUGCCGCCCGCGGAGACGACGCAGGUGCAGGAGGACAUGCGGCGGGCCCACUGCCUGGCCACCGGCUGGGGCCAAAGCAACAGCUCGGCCAAGAGCAUGGAGCAUCUCUUGAAGCGCAUUGAGCUGCCGGUGGUGGAGCACGAGAACUGCCAGCGUCUGCUGCGUCGCACGAUCCUGGGCCGACGCUUCCGUCUCCAUGACAGCUUCCUCUGUGCCGGCGGCGUCGAGGGCAAGGACACCUGCAAGGGUGACGGCGGUUCGCCGCUCUUCUGCUCGAUGCCUGGCCAGACGGAUCGCUACCAGCUGGCCGGCAUCGUCUCCUGGGGCAUUGAGUGCGCCGAGAAGGACAUUCCGGCGGCCUACACGAACGUGGCCUACCUGAGGGACUGGAUCAACCAAAUGGUAGUCCAGGCGGGCUUCUCUCUGAGCGACCUCGUCUAGUGCUAGCCUUUCGAGUGUCAACCAAUUUUAUAUACGUAAUAAAGUGUAAGCCAACGACAACAGGGGCAGGGGAUACGAGCAACAGCAA